CAGGCGGGGUGGGUGGUGGGGGGGGGAGGGGCUGCGUCAGGGGCCGAGCGGAGCGGAGUGUGUCUGUGCAGUCAGUCAGUCAGUCGGCAGCGGCUCCGGGUUCUCCCGGGAAGACGGAGAGACUAACGUGACGACAGCGCCUCCGCGCUAUUUUUUUUACCUCAGGAAGAGGGGCUGCGUUGGGACAUCGGGACAGUGGUUGACGACAGUGUGUAUUGAUGCUCGGAUCGGGAGGCUGGAAUUUAAUUGGAAAGAGUGACGUGAAGAGACUUGAAGGGAGCUGCAAUGGGGCGCAGGAAGUCGAAGAGAAAGCCCCCCACCAAAAAGAAGAUGGUGGGGACACUUGAGACCCAGUUCACGUGUCCGUUCUGUAACCACGAAAAGUCUUGCGAUGUGAAAAUGGAUCGAGCACGGAAUACAGGGAUCAUAUCCUGCACUGUGUGUUUAGAAGAAUUUCAGACUCCAAUAACGUAUUUGUCCGAGCCGGUUGACGUAUACAGUGACUGGAUCGACGCCUGCGAAGCGGCUAAUCAAUAACUAACGGGAUUUGGCUGGAGCCACUCUUUAUAUUUUUAUUUUCAAGUGUUUUUUUUUCCUUUCUUUUUACCGACUGUAAAUAGGUUCUUUGAGUGCUUGUGGAGUCCUCUCUCUCUGUCUCUCUCUCUCUCUCUCUCUACUCCUUUGCAAGCUGUGUAUAAAAUGAAAAGUAGCAUAUUUUGUGGAGUCCUGUUGCGUAUUGGUUAGAGCACUCGCCUCG